AAUGGAUUUUAGCAUGGUGAAGGAAUAUAAAUAGACAGAUCAGGAAGAGAGAUUUCAGGAGAAUGGUUUGAAGGAUAGAGAAGAUGAAAUCAAUAUAUAUAGUACUACUUUUGAUUAAUGUAAUAGAUCAAAGUAUUUAUUUUUAUUUGAAAACAUCAUUCAAACUAUAAAUUUAUUCUAUUUUUAACUUCAAUUAAAAAUUGAGAAAUUUUAUGUUCCAUAAUUAAACCAAUACUUUCUUUGA